AUGAAAGCUCACAUGUCUAGCAAGAUAGCCCCGCUUGAUAAAGGCGAUAUCCAUCGCAUAACUUCUGGUCAGGUUAUAACGGAGUUGACGUCGGUGGUGAAGGAGCUGCUCGAUAACAGUAUUGAUUCUGGAGCGGAUCAUAUCGAAUUUACUUUCAGAAAUUAUGGAUUGGAAUCGCUCGAAUGUGCUGAUAAUGGAAGUGGAAUCGACGAGGUGAACUACAAUACGCUUGCGCUCAAAUAUCACACUUCAAAGAUAUCAAGUUUUCAAGAUAUCAGCGAAUUAAAAACCCUAGGUUUCAGAGGAGAAGCAUUGUCUUCUAUGUGCGCAAUAGCCAAUUUAUCGGUUACGACAGCCACGAACCCUCCAAGAGGCGCAAAACUUGAAUUUGGGUUCGACGGCUCGCUCACCAAAAAAUCUAUUAUCUCGCGUAACAAGGGCACCACUAUGUGUGUCUCGCACCUUUUUAACAACCUUCCAGUACGACGAAAAGAAUUUACAAGAAAUCAUAAACGACAAUUUAGCAAAUGCAUCUCUCUUUUGCAAGCUUACGCUCUUGACUUGGAAAACACGAAGCUCUCUGUUUGGCAUAUCACCAGCAGCGGAAGAAAGACGUUGGUUUUGUCCUCGGCCAAAACUCAAGAUCUUCCCAAAAGAAUUCUUAGCGUCCUUGGUUCCAGCAGCACGCAACACUUGGACCCAAUUGAACUGUCUAUCGAUUUACUUGCCAGGGAUCCCUUGGCUUCGAAAAGUGAAGUUGACGAUCCUCCAGAACCUGUCAUCAAUGUGAAGGGCUUGAUUUCGAAAUGUUCCAUUGGAUGCGGUAGGACAUCGAAAGAUAGGCAAUUCAUCAGCAUAAACAAAAGACCAGUAAUCGCCCCUGCAUUAGCCAAAUGCUUCAAUGAAAUUUACAAAUCAUUCAAUCAUAACCAAUACCCAGCGUUUUUUUUAGAGCUGUCCUCACCGACCCAAAUGAUUGAUAUUAAUGUGACUCCUGACAAGAGAACCGUUUUAUUACAUAAGGAAGAUCAAGUGAUUGACCAGCUCAGGGACAGUUUGAAUAACUACUUUUCAAGCCAAGAUAUUGUGUUUCCUAUAAGCGCAACGGAAUCAAAAGUGACCUCGACAGGUCACCAGGAUCAUUCUGUCAAAAGGCAAAAAAUUGAAGAAAUGGAACUCAGCCCUAGAUCAGAGAAAGUGCGAAGUUUGAAAGGUUCGCCACUCACCGACACUUCAAAUUCUGCAGAUCGUGAGGGCGAUGGUUCUCCUCGAACGACGACCCUCCAGCUACAACCAUCCAGUUUCCUCCCGAAAACUCAGGAACCUUUUCGAGCUGAACAUUCUCAGACAGAUUUAGCGAGUUUUUCUUCAGAGCCGAAAGAACCGCCUGUCAAGAAGGACCUUCAGCUGUUCAGUAACCCCGCCGAGCCGGAGCAUAGCUUGUUUGUUACGCAAGAAGAAUACGAUACGCCUGAACCAGUUAUAAUCGAAGUUGGGGAUACCAAAGUCGAAGAAACAGCCAGAUUAACAAGAGAUAAUCGCCUACUUUUCAAAUCUAAGAUCACUGAAUCACAUGAAUCAAUACACAAUCAUAGCGGCUGUAGCUGUUCUUCUGGUCAAGAAUCGUCGGAUGAUGAAGCGAAUCAGCUUCAAGAUGCUGCUGAUGAAGAAGGUCGGACGCAAGGGAAGAUUUUCGAAGAAAGAGAAGAAUUGAACGGAGAAACCCCAAUUCCUGAAGUAAACGUUCGCGUGUCGAUACCCAAAGAAUUGCCAGCGACCCGCAAUCUGUCCGCUGCCAAGGAACUGGCAAGUUCAGGGUUGGAGUCCCUGACAAAGGUGGUGAGUGUCUCAGCCGAUGCUAUUACAAGAGCGUGCAAUGGGGUGCUUGCAAGAAGACUACAACAAGCACAAGAUCGUCCGCAAACGGAUUUAAUCAAAAAUGAUAAAUUGCAAGAUCUUAAAGAAGGCGAAAACUAUUUAACGCUGACAGUUUCCAAAAAAGACUUUAAGCAAAUGGAAAUUGUAGGGCAAUUCAAUUUGGGAUUCAUUAUUGUGACGCGCAAACAAAACAGCAAAUACGAUCUUUUCAUUGUCGAUCAACAUGCUAGCGAUGAAAAGUACAAUUUCGAAGUGCUGCAGAGGACGACAAAUUUCAAGUCGCAGCGCCUGAUUGCGCCACGCCCGAUAGAAAUGAGUAUAAUCGACGAAUUAGUGGUUCUCGACAACCUCGAAGUCUUCGAGAAGAACGGGUUUAAGCUGAAAAUAGCCGAAAAUGAAGAGGUUACGAAUAAACCGCGCGUGGAAGUCGUGAGUUUGCCUGUGUCAAGGAAAACAAUGUUUGACCUCAACGAUUUACAGGAACUGAUUCAUCUAGUCAAGGAUUCUGAUGGACUCGACAAAUCUUCCAUACGAUGCUCAAAGAUACGCGCUAUGUUCGCUAUGCGUGCCUGCCGAAGCAGUGUCAUGGUAGGAAAACCCUUGACAAGAAAAUCAAUGACGCAGAUAGUCAGAAACCUCAGCGAGUUAGACAAGCCGUGGAACUGUCCGCACGGCAGACCAACCAUGCGACAUCUGAUGGAGUUGAGAGACUGGAAAUCGUUCAACGAGGACUAUGAUUUGUAA